UUUUGACCUGGAAUCCUCCGAACAAGGUUCUUCCGGUCUACAAUUCCUUUUUCAAUUGCCGAAAACUCAAUCUAACGGGUGUCAAGGCACUAUUUAGUACUUUGAUACUGGUCUCUUUUCUCAGUGCCUCAACUUCUUCGGUCCUCACUCCAUCCUCGCCAAUAUGUCCACUCAAGAUCUGUAUCAGACCCCGCUCGACACCUCAAAACCCGAGAUAAGACUAUUGGAGGUAGUUGAGGACAACGAUAUCGUCUCGUGUAAAUUACACACCGUCACUUUCAACAAACAACUACACUUUGCCGCGCUAUCCUAUGUAUGGGGAAGUGCAGCUGACAAGGUCAAUAUCAAAAUCGACGGCGUUGAGGUUCCCGUGUCAGAAAGUCUUGCCGGCGCGUUGAAAGAAGUUCGAAAGUACUGGAAAUACGAAUUUCCCAACAGAGACCAAUCCAAGUUCAGAAUCUGGGUCGACGCUGUAUGCAUCAACCAAGCCGACGCUGCAGAACGCACUGAACAAGUCAAGCUCAUGCGCGACAUUUACUCCUCAGCCGAUCUCGUUCUUGGAUGGUUGGGUGCCGAAGAUGAAGAGAAGAUCUUGAGAGCCAUCACGACCAUCAUGGCCUUGAGCAAAGCCUUCAGGGCGGCACAAUGGGAGGUUGAUAGCCUGAUGAACCUGGAGUGGUUGAGAACUUGUGGUCUCACAAAAGAACCCGAAUGUGACAAAUUUUGGAACUCACUCGACUAUCUUGCGUUACUUCCAUACUGGAGACGCGUCUGGAUCUUACAGGAAAACGUGCUGGCCUCAACAUUAUUCUACAUCGCCCCACGCGUGUGUGUCGAGUAUAGGUCUCUUAUGAACGUGUGCCGCAUGUUUGAGAUUCUAUCCUCCAAGCUGACAGAAAAACAAGUCACGAAACCAAACUUUGUCCCAAGCCAUAUUUGGAUGAAGUUCUGUCCUCCGAAGGGUACCGGUUUUAUCCAACUACGAAACGUUAUCCGCUUCGACGUUGCCAAGAUUAUGCAUAUGGACAAAGUCACAGAGAGUCAAGAAGAGAGACAACGGACUGCCGUUCAACUUUCGGCAUUUGGCGGUACACUCGAAGCUACGGAUCCGAAAGACCAUAUCUACGGCCUACUGGGCCUUAGCUCAUUGCCCCUCAGCCCGGACUACACCAAGAGCGUCAAAGAUGUGUACGUAGACUACUGUAAGGCAAUACUCAACACCAUUGGGAACAGUGGCAAAAGAGAAGUGCAGUUUCUGCGAGAUGCUGGCGCUGGUGUUUUCGAAAAUCAUCUUGGGCUGCCUUCAUGGGCACCGCAAUUUCCAUCAAGAGCGACUGAUAAUCCGACACUGAUGUUUGACGGAGAGUUUCAACUUGCUCGACUCAUCCCUGAUAUUCCACGGCCAAGUAUCUCGGAUGCCAAGUUGCACUUAUCCGGUGUGAAAUUGCAGACGUUAAAGAAGGUCGGCGGAAACCCAGAGCUCCAAAAUCUCCAGAAGGGAGGUGAUCUUGCCGAUUGGAUACAAGACUACAUCAAUCGUAUACCGUUCUAUCCAACUAAGGUCCCUUCAAUUUGGGCACUAUUUCUAGUAGUCGCGAGGAUGCAAAAACUGGCCUUGGACACACCGAGCAUGUUGCUAUUGCUCAACUUCACGAAGCGACUGGACCUACAAAUUCCAGAAAGCGAUCGAUCACGAGGUGUUACAAAUUACUUCCAAACACGAGAGGCUGAUGGUCUUUCUAUGAUGGGUUGUAUCUCUCCGCUGAUAGGCGGGCCCGAUGCCCUGAAGGCGAGGAUGUUUGACGUCGAUGCUCAACAGGUAUUCAUGAUGAAGCGAAAUUACCAUACAAGAUUAUUUGAAACAGAUGCUGGAUAUUUGGGAAUGGGGCCUCAGAAAUGUAAGGUUGGAGAUGUCAUCUGCAUUGUAGAUGGGUACGAGGAUCUUGUUCUGCUACGAAAGCGUGGAGAAGAGUAUGAGUAUGUGGGGCCUUGCCUGGCUUACGGCAUUACGGAUAUGUAUAUUAAGAGAAGGCUUGACGUUGGGGCGGUGGAAGUCAAGACAUUCGAUUUGGUGUAGGUUGGGCUUGUUCUGCAAUUGAGAUCCAUCCACUGGAACUUACCGUGAAGCUAGCUCUAUCUUUAUAUAAGCUCCGGCGCCGCUCUCUACCACAACCCACUACAGCAGGCUCUAGCCUGUUAUCUUCCGUAGUAUAGUGGUCAGU